ACUAGGAGAGGCGCCGGUGUGUGACGGGUGUGACGGUGACAGACCCAAAGGGGCGCGACGUCAGUCUGGGCACUAUUAUUAGAGGGAAGGGCGCGAGUCGAGAGUCUGCGUCUGCCUUUGCGUACGUGCGUACCAGCCCUCCCGGUCCCAUAGCCUGCUCGACGUUCGCCACGACGUUGUCCAUGGCCCACGACCAUGUGCCCAGCGAGUCGCUAGGCGAGGGCCUCAGCCGCUACCAGUGCCCCGACUGCAGCUCGACCUUCAGUAGGCGGCAGAACCUCCAGCGGCACCGCAGAACUCAUGUCGGACUGACCCCUCACGAAUGUCCAAGCUGCCGCGAGCAGUUCACACGGACCGAUCUCCUGCAACGGCACAUCCACCAACACCAUCGCGGUCUCGUGCUGGCACCACCGCCUCCCCGGGCAUGCAAGGCAUGCGCUUCCUCUAAGAUGCGGUGUGACCGGGAGUCCCCGUGCUCUCGGUGCCGCGCGAAGGGGCUCCGGUGCGAACCUCAAUCGAAUACAUCGAUACGGACUUCCAGCAACGGUAGCAUGUCGCCUCCACCUGAGGUACAACCACGAACCCUUCCGGACGCGCAUACAACACUGCAGACACACCAUAUGAACCUCAACUCGAUGCGCAUAGACCAGCUCAUGUCCGUUGAUCUUCCGGACCUCAGUCUCUUUACAGUAAACCCGCCACCGCUCGCUGACUUCCCAGUCAACUUGAGUGACUUGCUUGGUUAUGAUCCUCUCCUCGGUUUCAACACGGCCUUCGUGGAGGGCCCGGUGAAUCUCUGGCCGGCUGCACCUAUGGGUGCUCCCUUGUCAUCGAUGGAACCUGCCACUCACCACUCACCUAUGUCAGAUCUAAGCUCGAAUGGCGGGUCCAUCCUGGAUAUAAUGAGUCCUCCAGGAGGGAUCUGCCCCACCCUGGAGAUGCUCUCGUCGACGUACUGGCCUAGCAGCGAUUCAGAACAGCACACUUCAUCAGCACCUAGCUCAAUUCGUUCUAGCCCUGUACUGCGCAAUCUUCAAUUACCGACAGUCUCGACAUGCAGGAACGACCCUGCGAGCUUCUUCACGCCCACAAUGCGCGCUCGUUAUCCAGCGCUCUACGCUGCUCACUUCGAACGGCAUUGGCCGCUUCUUGGCACGCACAAUGUCGAUCUCAACAUGCUUCAUCCUGCCCUGAGUGUCGCAAUUUGCUGCGUGGGCGCCAUGUAUGACGGUGUGCCUGCCCAUUGUCGUCUCGCCACUGCCGUAAUGCUCGUCCAGCGGACAGCACUCAUCACUAAGCUCUCCACACACCGGCUAGACGAGGCAGAGGCGCUCGCGAUGCUACAGGCGCUCUUCCUGUACCAAGUAUUUGGAGCAUUCCAGCACGAGAAGAACUACCGCGAUCUCACGAACGUCUUCCACGGCUCCUUAGUGCAGCUCAUUCGGCGGUAUUGCAUCCUCGAGCCGUCCGUCUCGGCUCCGCCAGGCCAGGCAAUUGCGCGCGCCCGCCUCGCCCACGGCGUCUUCUUCCUCGACGCGCUGCAGCCGAUCCUCGCGGGGACACCCGCGCUGCUAAACAUCGACGAGCUGCGCGUCGGCGCGCCGGCCCCGCCCGCGCUCUUCCGGCGGCUCAUGGACGUGCGCGCGGGGCCCGUCGCGAUCCCUGACGCGCAGGCCGCGCUGGUCCUCAUCCUCGCGCUGCUCGGGCGCGUGCUCGAGCUCCUGCGCCUCCGCCAGAGCGCAGACGUGCUCUGCGCGGAGGGCGGCGCCGCGCCGGAUGCACUGGACGCCGCGCUCGUGCAGCGCGCAAGGGGGCUCGGGGCGGCGCUGCGCCGCUGGAAGGACGCGUGGGACGCGCUCGACCCAGCGCAUGGUGCGGGAUCGCCCGUGCCUACGUGCGAGAACGCGAUGCCGAUCUACAUGAUCGUGCUGACCCUGAUCGCCCAUGCAGGCGGGAGCUCUCCGUGGACCCUGCCGGGCCAGUAUAACCCGGAGGAGCGCGCGGGCGGGCCGUUCGCGCAGUUCUGCCGCUCGUUCAGGACGUUUUUGAACGAUGCGGAGUGGUCGGGUCUGACGUGGCUUUUUCCACCGUUCCCUGUGCAUUGAAAUGAGUCGGAUGGCACACGCGAAUGCGCUAUGGACCCUCAGUGGACUCUUUGAUACCGUGGAUAAGUACGUGGUGUGUAUGACCUAACUCAUUGCCGGUUGUUGUGUACCGAUAGUCGUCCUUUGUGCUCUGGAUUGGUAGUGGAUUUUCUGGCAUGCGUUCUGCGAAGCUUUCAGAUUGGGUUCUUAAUAUUGUCGUGUUCGUUUCACUCAUGAUGUUAGAAUGUACCAUAGUGAAUAGACGGUAUCUAUGUUACUCUCGCACAGUCUAUCUCAUCCCUUACUAGCUAUGUUGGUUCCUAGCACUACGAGUUGACGACAGUCAUAACUUCUCCGUGUACGCACUGACGAUGCUGCUUUGCACCAGGUACAUAAUUGGCACGUUGCACCUGAUCAAUAUUUUCAGUCACAUUUGUUUCUACAUAGGUCCUACAGCUACCCCCAAGCUACCCCCGUCUAUUCUACGAGCACGACCGCGUUCAUAACUGCAGCUCGCUCU